AGAUGUACGAUUAUUCAUGAGCUGGGACACUGAACACUCAUGUGAAUUAUGAAAUAAUGGCAUUAUACAAUCAAACAUCAAAUCUGGGAGUGUCCUUUGACGUAACAAAUGACAAGAAGUUUGUAUUAAAGCUAUGUCCAGCAGGUCUGUACGCCCACAAAAUUACUGAUGACAUCAGUCAAGAUUGUAAGUUCAUGAAGCACAUGAAACGGCCUCUUGUUUUACAUGGUCCGUUUAAAGAUACCAUUAGAUGUGCCCCAAAGAGCCAGUUGUAUGCGUAUACAGAUAGAGCAAAUGUUGUUCUUGGAGGAUUCUCUGAAGCAGGAUUUUUAGAGCAGCACAGUUUCUUGGAUCAAAUGAGCAUGGUGAACUCAAUCGACUGGGCAUACAAUGAGUCUCACAUCCUGAGUGGUUCUCAGGAUGACAUGGCUCUGUUGUGGGACGCUGACACACUAGACAAUGUCAGUAGAUUUAAAGGAAACUCUGCUGCCUCAAAGAUAAACCUGGUUGCUAUGAGUAAAAGAAAUUACAACCUCUUUGCUACAUGUCAUGACCGUGACAUAAAGAUUUGGGAUAAAAGGAGGGCAAACCAUUGUCAGGCUUAUUCAGGUCACUGCAACAGAAUAACACACUUAGACUGGUCACCACACGAGGACCAUUACUUUCUCACUUGUAGUUUGGACAAAACUGUCAAACUGUGGAACUGGAAAAAUCCUAAGACGCCAGUCAAGGAGAAGAGGAUCGGAGAGCAAGUUUGGAGGGCUUUGUACGACCCGCUGGACUCAAGGAAUGUGUUUUUAGCUCUUAUUGUUCCAGAUAACAAAGUGAAUGGAGUAGCUCCUAAGGUAUGUGAGUUUGACAAGGACCCGACCUGUGACCGCUUCCUCCCGAGUAGAUCUGACAGUUUGAUAAUAGAAGCGAGGAUAUCAUCCCAAUCUGGUGGCAACACUACACUUAUAGGACUCAGCAACACUGGCAACUUUAAAACUUGGGUUCUAGAGUCCCAGAGCUCUUCCUCUCGGCUCAAUCUCUCACUCAACCUUUCUUCUCCUAUUGAGGUUAAGGAGAGUACCUCAUUCGGCAGCGAAAUGCCAACCCUGUCCUCCUCCCCCAAUUCCAGUACAACUAUAACAACUGAAAUAAUGCAGAAUACUGAAAAGUAUGGAAUUAUUGUGCACUCUGUCGACCGGAAAAAAGUUUUCAAGUCUCAAAAGUUGACAGUAAAACUGAAGAUGGAUCUAACAACGCCAGAUGUGCCCGCAUUUUCUUUCGACGACUUUCCUCUCAGCAUAGAAAAGAGAGAUACUUAUCUGAAACACUUUGACGGGAAGUCCCAGGAAAUAAUGCUGGAGAGUAACGGGAACCAAGAGAAACUGAUAAGUUUCAUCUGUAGCGACUUUAAAGAAGUGUGCAAUGAAAUAGAGGAAGAUAUAACUCAGACAACAAAGAGAACAAAGACCAACUACGACAAGAACGUGCCAUUUCCCCGGAUCUGCGGAGCGCGCUUCUGUGCUAAUAACUACCUGGUGGUGUUCAAACGACCUGUUGCGUCCGGGGAGUCAGCUGUUAACGAGCCAGUCAGACAGAAAACAUUCCGCGCAUACCACCAGAUGCUCAACACUAAGAUCUCCUCUCUGACGGGGAAAAAGCGGGAUAAAACGCCCUCCACCCCCUCUGUAGCAGAGUACUACUACCUGAACUCGACGCGCACGCGCCAGACGCGCUCAGGACACUGCGAGCCCCACCAACGGAGUUACAUCCUCCCAGUACAGAUACGGGACAUUAGCAGGAUCCUGCCCCAGAGUUGCAGGGAGCUAGCUGCUGAGUACUCUUUAGAUUCAGACAAGGACCUGGGGGAGAUCUGUGAUAUUAACAUCGAGGUGGCUAAGAACAGACUCAGGAUGGACCUGGUACAGUUGUGGAGGGUUCUCAAGAUUACCACUGAUCCGCAAGUUGUGAGACAUCUGUACGAGAAGAAACCGUGGGACCAAUACCCGUACGGGAGGAAACUGAUUGACAGUUAUAUUGAGUUCUAUUACAUGAAGAAGGACGUUCAGACUUUAGCAAUGGUUUAUGGGAUGUGUGCUCUGGUGGAAGCGAAGGUUAAGAGUCAGUUGAAGAACGAGGGAGGGGGCAGGUUCCAGUUUAUACCUCCAGGCAACAUGUUGUUCAGUCUAACGGAUAACCUCUCAACCUCUGUAUCUAUAGAGCAGGACUUCAGUGAGCCUGAGUCAGACAGCACCACUUCUCCUCGUAUCAGGGAGGAUAUUCUUUUCCCCUACGAAAGAAGUGGUAUAAACGGGGACCUGAUAAAGCUAAACUACGCCUCAGUGCUGUACAGUUGGAAGCUGCUGAACAAGCGAGCAGAAGUGCUGAACACAGUGCACCGGUCCCCCGGCUCCCUGGCCCCCACUAAGAGGUUUGAAGUAGCGGGCCAAGUGUGGGAGUGCGCUAUCUGCCGACUUCCUGUCUCCAACCUAGGCUCCUUCUGUGUGGAGUGUAUGCAUGGUGGACACUUCCAGCAUUUGAGGGCCUGGUUCACUAGUUCAGUGGGGGGAAGGGUUAUCAGAGAGUGCCCCACAGGGUGUGGGUGCGUGUGUGCGAAUCAUAUGGGGAACUGGGACGGUGCUGUCGAGCUGAGCAGUUGUAAGGGACAUUAGGGGUCCUUCGAGCUGAGCAGUUGUAAAGGACAUUAGGGGUUCUUCGAGCUGAGCAGUUGUAAGGGACAUUAGGGGUCCUUCGAGCUGAGCAGUUGUAAAGGACAUUAGGGGUUCUUCGAGCUGAGCAGUUGUAAGGGACAUUAGGGGUCCUUCGAGCUUAGCAGUUGUAAAGGACAUUAGGGUCCUUCGAGCUGAGCAGUUGUAAAGGACAUUAGGGGUCCUUCGAGCUGAGCAGUUGUAGGGGACAUUAGGGGUCCUUCGAGCUGAGCAGUUGUAAGGGACAUUAGGGGUUCUUCGAGCUGAGCAGUUGUAAGGGACAUUAGGGGUCCUUCGAGCUGAGCAGUUGUAAAGGACAUUAGGGGUCCUUCGAGCUGAGCAG